CUCUCUCUCUCUACAUCUUCCCACCACACAAUUCAAAAGUAACAACAGCGAACGAUGGCCCCCAAACACCGCCAGAAGAAACCCGGCAACGGCCUGCCUCGCGGCCAAAAGCCGAUGGUAAACGCGCGACCCAGCUCAGACCCUGCUGCCGCGAACGCGAUGUCAUCGCACAUCCGACCCGCGGGCCAAAAAGACGGGUUGACGCGCAAGACGCGGAAGCAGGCGCGGACACAUGGGCCGCUGGGGAACGUGCGGGUGGAUAAGAAGGCGCAGGCGGUGCGGAAUAAGGCUGUGCGGGACGCGAAGGCGUUGUUGAAGAGCGGGAAGAAUCUUGCGCAGGAGAUGCAGUUGAACACCGCGCUGAAGCCGGCGGGGAUCGUGCACAAGCGGGGAAAGAAGGGGAAGGUGUUUGCGGAGGAUAAGGAUACGAUGCAGAAGCUUGUGAGUGUGGUUACGGCGCGGAUGGAUCAGGUGCAUGCGACGAAGAUCGAGCGCGCGAAGGAGCUGGAGGCGAUCAGAGAGGCGAAGCGCAAGGAGAUCGAGAAGAGAGAGCAGGCGAAGGUCGACAAGCUCGAGCAGAAGAAGAAGGAUAUCAAGAAGGCGAAACGGAAGGGCAAGUCGGUCGACGGAGGAGAUGAUCUGUCGGUGUUUGACAGUCCUAGCGAGAAGCCUGCCAAGGGCGCAAAGCGGAGGGUCAGAUUUGCUGAAGAUUGAAUAUCUCGUGCUUGAUUUUCGUAUUCAUUUUCUUGGUAUUUCGGGCGUUUAGGGAUUCAUCAAAAGUUGAUUUGUAUCUUUAUGUAUUUCAUACGGCUGCACAGAGCGAGAGCAUUCAUUAUAUUAAAACACUUGUUUGUAGACAAUCCAUAUAAUCUAUUACCAGUCCCUCUACAACUUACAGCUUCGCCUUGACCGGCAGCUCAGUGCUAAACAACGCAGCCAUAUCAUCCAACGCCUUUCCGAUCUGGUUAGCCAUCCCCGGCGAAUCCUUCUUCUUCGACACAACGUUGAACUGCAGCGAGUUCUUGUUGAUCAUGUACGC